AUGGAUCCAUUGAGCAUCACGGCCUCGGUGCUGGCUGUUGUUACUGCUGCCGUUCAGUCUACCAAGUCGCUGUAUGAUACCGUCAAACGCUUCAAAGAGCGCGACAAAACUUUACACAGACUCCAAAAUGAGCUUGAGGAUCUCGCCAAUAUUUUGGAGUCGUUGGCACAGGUGACUGAUUCUGAGAUGUCAAUGUUGGCGCUUCUUCAAAAUCCUAUCAACCGGUGCAGCCAAGUAUGCCGCGAUUUUGAACAGUCGAUGAGGGGUUUCAGUGGAAAAUCAAUGACAGGGUUUCGAGAUUGGGCAAAGAUGGAAUUUAUGAGAGGCAGUAUCAAUGAAUUCAUAGACACUAUCGCGGGGUAUAAAUCAACCAUCUCAGUUGGUCUGGGAACUAUUACUAUACACGCCUCCAAAGUCUCCCACCAAGUUCUUCAGGAGUACAAUGAGAUGAUCCAGGACACGGCAUAUAAUCUUGAAGUUCACUUACAGCGGAUUGAUGAGAAAAUGGCGCGGUUUACCAUUGAAGAAACAAAAACCCCAGAUAUAGACAUAGAUCUGAAGGACGAGAGAGAAGUGACCCAACAAUGCCUUCGUAUAUGUGAAGAUGCGAAGUCUUAUAUCGAAUCCUUGACCAAUCGAGAAUCAUCCGUACUGCCAAACACGCCCAAAAACGCUACUGCUGAAGAUGGUGAUACGGGAACUUGCUUUGAAGCGCAGCUGCUGACACGUCAAGCUCUGGAAGAAAAUCAAAAUGGCUUUGCGGAGACCAUCCACCUCCUUCAGAAGCGCCUACAGUCCUUGAUCCUGAACAAGGAUAGAAACAACGAGGAGAGGUUGGGGUUACAGGAAGAUAUCCAUAUUUCGAAACAGUGCCUUGAGGUGUGCAAGAUGGCCAGCGAAGUGUCCCAUCAGAAGAUAUACAGAAUUGGGGAGGUGGUUGCCGAAGAUGACAGUGAUACAAAAGCUAUGUCCAAGGGAAAUGCAGCACAGUUGGUCGGCUCAAUGACGGAAGGAGCUCUUCGGCAUCUGGCCGACAAGCGUUAUAACAAUCGUUUUGGAGUUCCAGUCAGCGACUCUUACCCUGUUGAAGCCGGCAUCAGCAGCUCGCCUUCAGUCUCUGAGACUCAAAGGAGUAGGUCUGCUUUUCCACCUCAAACUGGUGAUUACGAGCAGUCCCCUGGACCGAAAACAAGACGUACUAGGGCAUUUCCCAAUGAGAUGAGAAAACGGGGAAUGGGUGGCGCAGCCGAUGGAGGAUGCUAUCAAUGA